UCGAUGGUGCCAGAGAGGUUUUACUCCGCCCAAAAUCUGUCCGAGUGAGAUUAGCCCUUUUUCUGUACGGAGGUAUAUGAGAGUGUCGGAAGUUGAAUUACGUUAGGUUUAUUUGAUCGAAUAGAAGUUUCGUAAUGUUUAGGCUAUUACACAUUUAUUGAUAUAAGAUAAUUAACGUGGCAUUCUGGCAACUGAGUUAAACGACUUAGUUGUGCAUGUUAACAUUCGUAUAUGCCCUCUCGUUGGCUAGAAUGGUCCCACCUGAUCGCGCCUGCCUUCAAUCACCGAGGGCAUAUAUUUCCAUCGUUAAAGUGGUCACUCGGUUAUCUACUCAAAUAUAGAUAAUCUUUGAUAGUGUUCAAAAUUUCAAGAUGUCGUCCCUGGAACAGAGACUCUCCAGAAUCGAGGAGAAACUAAAGCAAGAAAAUAAAGAAGCUCGUAGAAGAAUUGACCUUAAUAUCGACAUGAGUCCACAACGUUCACGUCCGAGGCCAAUCAUCGUGAUCCAGCUCAGUCCUGCUCCAGCUCCUUCCCAGCGUGCAGCUCUUCAGCUGCCCCUGGCUAACGACGGAGGGGGGAGUCGCUCCUCGUCCUCUGAGAGCUCACCCCAGCACCAUUCCUACCCUAGCCGCCCGCGACACAUGCUCAACCUGCCCACGCCACAGUACGGCCUGGUGAAGAGCCUGGAAAAUGCGGAGAUAGACCAGAAGCUGCAGGAGAUCAUGAAGCAGACAGGCUACCUGAAGAUUGACGGCCAGCGGUACCCAGCCGAGGUCAGUGACCUGAUCAGCGAGGGGGAGAUCGGCAGCGGCACGUGCGGUCAGGUGUUCAAAGUGCGCUUCAAGAAGACGGGCCACGUCAUCGCCGUCAAACAAAUGCGCCGGACAGGAAAUAAGGACGAGAACAAGAGGAUUCUGAUGGAUCUGGAUGUUGUGCUGAAGAGCCACGACUGCCCUUACAUCAUCCAGUGCUACGGUGCCAUAGUUACCAACACGGAUGUGUUCAUCGCAAUGGAGCUGAUGGGGACGUGUGCUGAGAAACUCAAGAAGAGGAUCCAGGGGCCCAUCCCUGAACGCAUCCUGGGAAAGAUGACUGUGGCAAUAGUGUCGGCUCUGCUGUACCUGAAGGAGAAGCACGGUGUGAUCCACCGGGACGUGAAGCCCUCUAACAUUCUGUUGGACAACAAGGGCCAGAUCAAGCUGUGUGACUUUGGCAUCAGCGGACGACUCGUCGACUCCAAGGCCAAGACCCGCAGCGCUGGCUGUGCUGCCUACAUGGCUCCUGAGAGAAUAGACCCCCCAGAUCCCAGCAAGCCGGACUAUGACAUCCGAGCAGACGUCUGGAGCCUGGGCAUCUCUCUGGUGGAGCUGGCCACAGGACAGUUCCCCUAUAAGAACUGCAAGACUGACUUUGAGGUCCUGACCAAAGUGCUGCAGGAAGACCCUCCCUCUCUCCCCCUCAGCAUGGACUUCUCCCUCGACUUCCAGUCCUUCGUCAAAGACUGCCUCACAAAGGAUCACAGAAAAAGGCCAAAAUACCACAAGCUGCUCGAGCACAGUUUCAUUCGGCGCUAUGAGGUGCUGGUGGUGGACGUGGCGGGCUGGUUCCAGGCGGUGAUGGAGCGCACUGAGUCGCCGCGCAGCAGCCAAUGUUACAGCCAGCACCAGCUCCACUCGCUCUUCAGCAGGUAGCCCCCGGCCACUGGCCCUGCCCCGGAGCCAAUGGAGCCUACAGCCGGGAGACCCCAGAGAGGGACGGAGACACGGAGUAGGCCUUAAACCCUAGACAGACAGACUGGCUCUGUGAAUUGAUUGAUUGAGUCUGGUUGAUUGACUGAUUGAGUCUGGAUCAGGACAGACAGACACGCGGGAGAGUAGAGCUUCACACUGUAGUUCGGCGUCAUCAGAAGUCAUAUCAGCACAAGUACAUUAUUAUCGUGAACACCUUGGCACAUACUGUAGGUUACUCUAAUGCAUGCUCACUUUUCCAUCCAUUAGAUAAUGACGUACAGUAGUGAUACUGUAAAUGCAUUUACGUGGUUAAACACAUACAGAAAUACUACUCACUCACUAGUCAUAUCUCACCCUCCUGUAUAAUCUUGUUCAGCUCCAGCUCAGGCCCUAGUCAAAGCUACGGGGUCUGACAACAGAGUAGUCGAUACACACUGGAGCUAAUUUCUGAUACAUCAUGUAGUGUUAAGAAGAUGUAAAAGUCCCUACGGCAAGCCCAGAGGCCCAGUUUCAUCCGCAGUGAUGGUUAGGCUCAGAAGUGGAAGGUUCUGUGCAAUAUUCAGCCGGGUGUUUUAUUUCUAUACUUACUCUUCAACAGGUUGUGUAUGAGUGUGUGUGUACUAAGACACGAGUGUAAGCUCACUUAUGGAUGGCAUAUAGCUGUCCCACUGUAGCUCUAACAGACCAACUAGACCCGCUGUAUUUGUUUCAGUCUGGAUGCAGUCUGGUUUUUAACCAUAGGUUUGAAAAUACUGUAGAUGACAGAAACAUUAACUUUGAUUCAAAUGCUUAGAGAGAAUAUAAACAAGUAAAUGUUCUAGCAGCUUUGAAUUGGGAAAAACUGCAAAAAAAGACCAAAAAAAGUAGGGUUAUGCGUAGCUCUGUAGAAAAGGUGUUUUGUAUUUAUUUAUUUAGAGUGGAACUAGAUAACAGGUGGAGGGAUACAGAGGAGGAGAAAAGGAUGAGGGGAGGACAAAAGUCUGCCUUUUAUCAGACUUGGUUUACUUAAUUUACCCCAGCUGCUGUGAUGAAACUCAGUCAGGGAAACUGUACUGCCAGGUUGCUUUUUGUUGAAUAGAAGUGUUACAAAAGAAAACAGUUUGGAGGGGAGGCGUGAGUUAUUUUUGUUAAGAAAUAGGCAAGAGACCCUAUACAAAUAAUACAAUAACAUAUUUUUGGCUGUGGAGCAUUUCAAUCCUCCCUCUCCGCUCUUUCUCAAUGCCACUCAGCCUCCUUUCUUUCAUUCUUUCUGCUGUUCCAUCUUUCAGAGGCUGCACAGUUUUGUCAAACCAAAGGUGGUAGUUGUCGGUUGAGUGUCACACAGGCCCUCCUGACUGUUGCCUCCCCUCCUGCAGGGCCAGAGCCAAAGCCAGGUAGAGAAGACUACUACCCCCCGGACAGGUCUGGGAUCAGACUUCCCCAACACACACCAAGCCAAGUCCCUGCUAGACACAGACACGAUAGGAGAGGGAGAUCAACGGUAUGUCAGAGAAAUGGAGAGAGGGAACCGGAAACGUUGACUAUGAAUAUGUGCAGAAGAAGCGCUAGGGAGAAGCAAGAUGAGGAAAGAGUUGGAUAUUUUUUUUAAAGUAUUUGAGAUGGAAGGAUGAGGUGAAAAGGAAUGGAGGAAGAGAAGGAUAAGAAAGUGUGACAGAAGGUCAAGAGGGGUACGCGACAGAAGGUUUAGGGCCGUCUCGAGCUAGUGAGGGAGGAGUGACUGAGCGGUUUGAUAACAGGUGUGAGGAGAGAGAUUUUGGAGCCCUGAAUUCAGCCAUAGGCAGGCUAUGGAUCAGAUGUUGAAGCUAGCUGGACAUUGUAAAAGCUUUCAAUGGUGUUUCACCAAUAUAUACGAAUUAUGAUUUUUAGGGCGUGAAUUAGAAUUUGUGUUUUGAUUGUUUGGUGUUCUAUUCAUUAUUGUAUCUUUCAAAAAAUAUUUAAUUAUUUAUUACAUUGCUACAACUGCUGCUACAUUUUUUUAUCUAGACUCUGCUGUCUAAUUGUCCCCCAAAGGACAAAUACUUAUCUUUUUAAACCAAAUAAGUGAAGUAAUGCAAUGUCUUUACAGUUACCAAAUACAGAAAAGCAAGUCUGAUGGUGAAUGGUGUGAGGGAACACUGACAGAGAGCUAAACCCAUAGAUGAGUAGCAUAGGUUAACGUCACAAAAUUAAUCCACACAAUUGAUGUACACCUCACCUGUCUCUAACAAUGUAAUAGUAUGUUGUAGUCACAAUUAUAUCGCACUACAGCACCGCAAAGUCUAGUCGUUAAUAGUGAGAGUGUCCGUCUGUCCGUCCUGACCUGUGAACCUUGACCUUUUGCUCCCUGACCUUGGACAUUGUAGUCCAGGGUCACCCUGAUUUAGAAUGGUCUGUCUGUCUGUGGGCCUCCUGCAAGCUCAACCCAUGACGUUACACACCAAAGGUGUCAUCAACGAAAACGAGUUAUUGAUAUUCUAAUUGAUUACUAGGACUACGAUAUAUUCAUAGUUUCUUUGUAGCUAGUGAGGGAUAGGGGGAGGGGGCACUUUAGGGGUAGCAAUGUCUGUGUGUGUGUGUGUAGAAUACAGGGAGAGACUUGUACUCUGACAAAGCCCGGGCACAGCAAUCACACCCACUCAGCCAGACAGACCUAUUUACUGUGUAAACUGGUACUGUAAUAAGCCACUGCUCACCUUCACCAAGUCUUGGGAGAGUUCAGGAGAUUGGCUGUGUUGCAGGUAGAAUAUACAUGGUUCUCUUAUUGUUGUGGAAUAGAGAACAGUGUUUGUUCUUUGUUAUGUUUCAGGCUGCAAUGUUCUGUUUGUUGCCCAGACGCAAAUCAUCAUGGACCUACUUUGUACCAUGGCUCUUUGAUUUUGGUUCUAUAGGCAAUCAGGUAGUGACAGACACAUUAUUAUACAAUCUAGGCUGCCUGGCCCACUUGCUCAAAGUUUUAAAAUACUGACUUUAUGUACUUCUAUUAGUACUGUUUACAUGCUCUCUACCCCUUGGGUUGUCCAAAAUCACUAGAAAGUGCACUCUACUCAAAGUGCACCCUAUUCUCCCAGUCUUGGCUGUCCAGUGCUGUGUCAGACCCAGUCUCCCACUGUCAACUUUCUCUUUCGUUUUGCUGAUGUCUGUUUACAAGCGCACACGUGGUCUGUAUGUGGUUUGAAAACACCUGACAGGUGACUGUGCCACUCUUCACCUUUCUGAAAACAGCAGGAACUUUUUUUUGUUGGUUUCGUCCAAAACCGAAUGACUUGGGUGUUUUAGUGUGUGUGUUCGUAAAAUGUAUAAUGAUUAAAAACGUUUGAAUACUAAUUCUAACCCAUUGCCAAGGACAGCGGUGGCGCGCCACACACACACCAAAUGUAGGCUAUAGACAGUAUGUCCUCUGAUGCUGAUUGACUGCCGUUUAGUGGCUUUGUGUGUUCUUAGCAGGCAGUGGCAAAGCCAGCGCUGUUAGAUGUACUCUGGUAGGGUGCCUCUGAAAUCACACCCUAUGUAGUGCAUUACUUUAUCACCAGGGCUCAUAAGACCCUGGUCAAAAGUAGUGCACAAUGUAGUGACUAGGGUGCCAUUUUGGAUGCACAUAAUAGUCUGCUGCUGCGCUGUACCUUGAGGGUGGGAGGGUGUGUCAUCGCCCCAUCUGUAAGUAAAACCAAAUAUCAUUUUCACUAUGCAGUCAUUCAAAUCCGUCAGCUUGCUGUACGUUAGGGAGUCCUCCUGUAUAUAAACAUAUGGUGAUGAAACUGGACUUGGUGACAAUAUGAGAUCUUCUCCCUAGUACGGUUGAAAUCAUGCCUUCAGCUAGUCCAGAGGGGAAAUGAGUAAAGCGAGAGACGUGUUUGAGUGAGCUGACUAUUUAAGGAUUGUAUUGGGGUUGGGGUGGGGCUGUCUGGUUGUAGUUUUUGGGGUGGGUUAAUUGGGGUUUGGGAGUUGCUAGUCCAAUGCUGUAAGUAUAUCAAUUGCAUGUUAUUGUUGCUGAUGUAACUGCUAUUGAUUUUAGAUUAUGUUUGGGGGGACAAAACUAUAUUUAUAAUUUUUACAUAUUUUUUUUGCGAAAUGUUUUAAUUGUGUACUUAGGAGGAAAAGACACACUUUUGCCUUUUAUGUUCUCUUGACUUGUUUUCAAUCUGCUAUUUGCAAUAUACAUUUUUACUUGUAUUGUCAUUUAGUUGGUUUCAUGGCGAGAAUGAUCGUGUAUAGAUCUUAGCAGCAGACUUUUUUUUUUGUUGUCCGUUCCUAAAUGUGCCGUGUGUCUUUCAUUCAAUUAGCUGUGAGAGUGAGGAUGGAUGGAGGGGAGGGCAAGAUCUGUGUCUUGGAAGUGUUUUGUCCACCAAAAGUCUGAUUUAUUAUUUACCUUUUUCAUCCAUUGUUUAUUUGAUUUUUUACAACUUUUAUUAUAUUCAGGGAAAAGAUGACACCAAAUUGAAUAAAUACAUUUCCAGAUGAUCCUUGAGAGUGUGACAGUGUAGUUGAAGUCUUCUUUGUGUCGUUCUGGAACGCCGGGGUCAAAGGUGUCUUUCUCGCAGAGCGGAGUGAUCACGUUCACUGCUCCGUUUAGCCACUUCACCCUGUGUCGCUGUGAAACCUUGGUUCUCCGAUAUCCUCUUAACUGAAUUUGUUUUAUUUUUUUCCAUGAUCAAAAUAUCAUGAUUGAUUUGUUUCUCGGUUUAAAUCUUUUGUGUGCCAUUUAAUUUGUUUUAUUUCUACCCAGAAAUCUCACUUUGUUUUUGUGGUUCUCUGAUGCUGUAUUGUCAAACUAAUUUGACUACAUUUGAAAUGGCACCCUAUUCCUUAAAUGGUGCACCUGAAGUAGUGCACUACAUCGGGAAUGGGGUGCAAUAGGAGACGAAGGCAAUGAGAGAGCGUCUUAUUAAUGCUGAAAUUAUCACGAAUGGCGUUUGCACUUGGGCAGCUUUUGAGUCGAGUGGGGAGGAGUCGUUGGGAGCUCUUUCGGGUUGCAGACGUCCAGUUUGACCAAUCACAGACCUGCGACUGGCAGAAACUGAUUUCAACAAUGUAUAUGUAUGUUCACUAUUUAUGUCUGUUUUUAUAUAUAUAUUUUCAACCAAACAAGACACACAUGGUAAAGAGAAUUGUCUGUCUGUCAUUGGCGUUGCCGUUGAUACAAAAGCCAAAUAUCAAACCACACUAACCCACAGGAAACAUUGCUGUUAUAAUGGAGUGGGUUUAACGUCUAGAUAGUGUAUGCUCUUUUAGUACAGGCUUGGCUGAGCUGUAGGAUGUCUGUCUUCAUGGUUGUAUACUUUAGUGUGUGUGUGUGUGUGUGUACUCAUUUCAUUUGAAAUCCUGCUCAAGCCAAACAGAGGUUAUGGUUUAAAUCUUAACAUUUACAACAUGGGUGGUAUUAAAGAGUGCUAUGCUAACAACCACUUAAGUUAGCUCCUAUUGUUUGAAACUUGGAUUGGUUUUACACAAGUAAUGAAUUAUCCUCCUGAAACAGACUAGCAGUCAACGUUUUAUGCAUACUAUGACUAAUAGUAUUCUAUUCCGAAGUGGAUUGAUUGGCUCGUAUUUAACCUGCACUCUAUCGAGGUGGAAACCGUUUUAAAAUGUUGGUAAAGAAUAAUUUGCUUGUUCCCUAGGCUUUCUAAAAUGCAGUAUUGCAUGACUUGCUCGAUUUGAAAGUGGAAAAUGGUGUACUUUUUUAAUCUCCAUUGCAAUUCCAUGGCUUUUUGUUUAUGUAUAACUCAAAUGGUUUGUUCUGACGGUUGUAUCAAUCUACACAGCUACUGUCUCACUCUGCUUUUCGUUGUCUUUUCCUCUUUCAAACAGAAAUGCCAUUAUAUUGUGAAUACCUCAGGAUUUUUUUGGAGACAAAUCAAAUAAAUAAAAGAAGUUGCUGAGA